AUGCCGAAGUCUGCAGGCCGCUCUGUCCGUGUGGCUGAAUCAUCGUCAUCCGAGCCCACCAAACGUAAAGGGGCCAAGUCUGACUCGGGCCGCGCGCUGUCUACCUCCACGCGCUCCUCAGGUCAAUCGUCCAGCCGAUCCUCUGGCAAGGCCUCAAAGGGUACCAAACCCAGUGCGGUUCAGGGUGUAGUCCGUUCCGCCGAACCCAGCUCUGGUACUUCACCUGGAAGCAGCCUGCACGCGCUUGAAGAGAGUGCUUUCAUCAAGGCCUGCAUUGCCAAGCGGAACAAGCAACUUGUUGACAACUUGAUGGAAAUCAUUCAAGAGUGUAUUGAUAACUCGCUGGGAACCAGUGACGAGGCCCAAGACGGAGAUGAACCCGGUCGGUCGAGCUCAUCGAGGGGCGGCUCCAAAGGGGCCCGGUUCCAAGGUUCGACCACAUCGCUAGCUGGACAGAAGCGCCAGCUUCAGCGCAGCGACGACAGCGAGCCUCCCGGCGACGACAGAGGCGACGGCGACAAGAACGGCAAGGAUAGGAACAGCAAGCGAGCAAAGACAGAUAGCGACGAUAGCCACCGAAAAUUCGCUUGCCCCUACAACAAGUACGACCCCAAGAAGUGGAACUCUGGUGCCUGUUGUGGUCCAGGGUUCCCGAGCUGGCAUCGUCUCAAGGAGCAUCUCCUACGCAAACAUCGUCUUCCACGCUUUCCUUGUAAGCGUUGCUGGGAGUACUUUGCCGACGAAGCGGCGUGCAAAGACCACGUGCGGUCGGAAAUUUCAUGCCACCUGCGUGAAGAGUCCAGGCCCGACCCCGUCAUGGGAUUUGACAUGGAAAAGGAGACCAAGCUAAGGGCGAGGGUAAGCUCGAAGAUUUCGGAGGCGAAACAUUGGAGCGCUGUCUACUGCAUACUCUUCGACCUGCCUGAGGGUGCGAAGAACAUCCCGUCCCCCUACUACGACGUGUCGCCAACACGCCAAUCAAGCCCGUCUGGCGGCAAAUCACCACUUCAGAUCGACGAAGGCUUCCGGCGCUACUGCCGCCGCCAGCUGCCCAACGCCAUCCGCCGCGAGAUUGAGGAAGAAAUUGAUCGCAAGAGCCUCGACUUCGAGGACCACAUGCGCAGCAAGAUCAUCGACAUUGUCGAGGGCGUCCAGGUCAGGAUGUACAUGAACUACCGAGCCAUCCAGUCCCCCGAGGAGGUUUCGACCAUGGGCGACCCCAACAUGCCAGCCCAGACCCAGGCGCCGUUCCAGCCCAGCUUCAUCUCGAUGGUGCCUCCCGACGCCGUUGACGAGUACGAGAGCUUGACGCAGGCGCUCCUGCCCGACCUCGAGGUGGCCUGCGAAGGCUGGGACCCGUCGUCGUUCGCCGUCGGCGAUUCCCAGCCCGCAAACUGCUGCGAGCAGGGCCACUUUUUCUGCGACUCGGCGUACUGCUCCAACCCGUCCUUAUCUGUUGAUUCCGUUGCCGACCGAUAUCAGGGCUACGGCUUGUACGAGUGA